UGCUGUCAGCAUCAUCGAUAGGUAGGAGCGAACAAACAACCUAACAUCGGAUUGCAGGACCGCGGGGCAGGAUUGCUCCGGGCUGUUUCAUGACUUGUCAGGUGGGAUGACUUGGAUGGAAAAGUAGAAGGUCAUGGGGUGGCCAACUUGGGCGAGAAAAGGUAUAUAAAGGUCUCUUGCUCCCAUCAACUGCCUCAAAAGUAGGUAUUCCAGCAGAUCAGACAACCAAACAAACACACUUCAUUCCCAAGACAUCACUCACAAACAACCAACCUCUUCCAAUCCAACCACAAACAAAAAUCAGCCAAUAUGUCCGACUUCGAGAACAAGAACCCCAACAACGUCCUUGGCGGACACAAGGCCACCCUUCACAACCCUAAUGUUUCCGAGGAAGCCAAGGAGCACUCCAAGAAGGUGCUUGAAAACGCCGGCGAGGCCUACGAUGAGUCUUCUUCGGGCAAGACCACCACCGACGACGGCGACAAGAACCCCGGAAACGUUGCGGGAGGAUACAAGGCCACCCUCAACAACCCCAAAGUGUCCGACGAGGCCAAGGAGCACGCCAAGAAGAAGCUUGACGGCCUCGAGUAAGCUCAGAGUUCACGAAAGAACCAUUCGACGAGGGGAAGCACGGGGUUAUCUCGUUCGAAACAUGGGCCUGGUUAAUGCAAAUGCAUAAUGGGGAGGAUAAUGAAUCAUGAGGUGUACGAUAUGGACGAUAUUGACGGAUCUUAAUUUGAUGACAGUAAUGAAAUCACACCAUAGUCCCGAGCUG